AUGGCGAUCUCUUCCUCAUCCGGCUCCAACUUCAUCAACUAUCCUUCUUCACCUCCCCCUUCUUCUUCAAGCUCCUCCGCCUCCUCCCUCGACUCUAUUUCUGAGAGCCGGGAGUCGACGCCAGAGUACGACCUGACAGCGGCGUACGAGGUGCUCGCCCCUCUUUACUGGGAUGCAGAGGAGUUCGAUUUCAGGGUCGUCUCUGAAGACGACGAGCCCAAAACCGACGACGAAGACCUCCGGCUCCUGUUCCAGGAAGAGCCGGAGGAGAAGAGCGACGAUUGCUUCUCCUGGGACGGAGCCGACUCCUCCUCGGAAGAAGAAAUCGACUCCUCCUCUGUUGAGGAGGACCCGAUGGUCGACAGGGCCUUCCGGUUCCUUGGCUCCUCCGAGGAGGAGAGCAAGGAAGACAGUGAUGGCGGCGGCCGCCGCUGGAGCAGCGACGACGAAGCCAGCAACGGCAGCAGCGCCGACGAGAGCAGCGGCAGCGACGAUGACGGCGACGAUAGUAGUAGCGGAGACGUGCUGGCGUGA